AUGCCCCAAGCAGAGGCAGAGGCAGAGUCAGGGUUUGUGCAGGCUCGGCAGAGACGGAGAAUUGCCGAGCUGGAGGGAAAGGUAGAGAAUCUGGAGUCGGGGCGUGCGGUGAAAGAAAGGUAUGCCUCCCGACUGCCUGCACUAAACCCACCUUACUCACUAUUUGUUAGGCAAACUAAUUACCAUCUAGCUCAGGGAAGGGCCGUCAGGCGUGUCAUCACUCUGUUCGACGGUAUAGAGGAUCUGGUCGCUGAAAACGACAGAAGGUAUGAGGAUGGUGGCGAUGAGGACGCUACUCUAGAUCAGGACCGGCUGCAAACAGGGUACAUUGCUUUAGUGAGUGCCUUGCCGUGGUUUUUGAAGAAGGCCACAGAAAUGGGGCACGAUGACUAUGCCUGCAUGUUAAAAACGCUUAGGCAGGGGGCCGAUGGCGCUCGGGCAGACGAUACGGAAAAACUCAAAACUCUAGUUUCCAACUGGGUCAAUCUCGAACUCAAUCCAACCCCCCCGGUUGAUCCUGACGAUAAACACUGCCGCGGGUUUAUCAAUGACGCAUGCGGCAAGUUACUAUGCCCUGCUGAACUUAACUGGAGCAAUCCAUUAGUGAAGGCAGGGAUUCGAGAUAGAUCGGAGGGCUAUGUUGUGACAGAACUGUCCUUUCCGGCAUUUGUGUUUGAAAAGUACACCGCCAACCCUGACAAUCUGGAGGAAGGUUUAUUCAAGGGAAAAAUUCUGAUACAGGCCUACAAGGCUGUGUUCACGUCUCCCUCCUCAGCAAAGCACAUUGAGGGUGAUGGCGAUGGCGCAGACAUCAUCGAGAACAACCGACGGGCUAAAAGUGCAUUCUCGCGAGCCAAAGUCAAAAAACACGUGCGAUUUGCGCUUUCUUCCAUUACCUCAUGGCGGUCAGUGGAUGGCGACUUCGACUAUAUCCAGUUCUGGAAGACCAUUGUGGACUUCUUCGAAAUGGCCCCCGGUCGAGAAGCGCAGCGCAGGGUCAACCGACUCCUGGAGUGGUGGACGAGAAAGGUUUUUGGAAGGAAUCGUCGUGAGGAGCUUAGCGGCGCAGCGAAGGCCAACCUGUCUGUGAACGCACUUGCAAGGCAGCGGGCGCAGCUAGAUGACGCUUCUUUCGAUUCUAGCUAG